CUUUCCUGCUCAUUUUUUUGUCCGUACCGCUUCAGUUUCCCAUCAAGCCGACGCGUUUCUCUCCUCCCUUUCGCGCCAUUGCAUCUCCUCCGCAAUCGUCGUCGCCUUCCUCCUCUCUCCUCUUCGCCGGAACCCUAAUCCCCCCUCGCUCGCAUUUCGCUCCCGCCGUCUCCGAUCGGCCGCCCCGUCCCUGCCGGAACCCUCCGAUCCGGCGCCGCCAAUGCCGCUUCGAACGAGAGGUCGGUGAAGCGCCCGCCCGUCCGCCGGGGCAGGCGGAUCCGAUCCGGGGAAUGUCUUGGGUGGGAUGGAACCGGGCGUCGGAGAGCUUCCACCUCGCCCUCGCGUACGGCGCCGAGGAUCCGAGCCCCGCCGCCGAGGAUCCGACGCGGGCGUCGGUCUCGUCGGCGUCGUCGUCGGGAUCGGCGUCGGGGUCGGGGUCGGGGUCGGGGUCGGGGUCGUCGCUGAGCUCGAUGGGGCCGCGGGAUCAGGAGGCGGGGUCCGGGAGGAUCGAGCUCGACUGGACGGCGGGGGAUGACGAGGAUCAGGUGGCGCUGAGGUUGCAGUCGCAGCUGAUGGUCGCGAUGCCGGCGCCGCAGGAUACGGUGACCGUGGAAUUGAGAUGCCGAGGGGAGGAUGAGAAUGUGGGUGUCGACAUGAGGGUGGUUAAGAGGAGGGAGCCGCUGAAGGCCGUGAAGAUGAGUAAGACUAGUGGGUCUGGGCAGCAGAGCGAUGGGAUCGGAGUUUUGACUCGGCUGUUGCGGUGGAAUUUCGCGAAUUCGGUGGCUGCCGGCGUCGGCGAGGGUAGUCUGGUGUGCGGAGAGCAUUGGAGGACCGUGACCGUGAUCAGCCUCUUUGGUUGUGGUUUGUCGGCUUUGCCAGUGGAGAUAACUAGAUUGCCGCUUGUUGAGAAGCUAUACCUUGAUAACAACAAGCUAUCAGUUUUGCCACCUGAACUUGGUGAGCUGAAAAAUUUGAGAGUUCUUGGGGCUGACAACAAUAUACUGAUUUCUGUACCUGUUGAAUUGCGACAAUGCGUGGAACUCGUGGAGUUGUCGUUAGAGCACAACAAGCUUGUUCGGCCUCUUCUUGAUUUCAGGGCUAUGGCUGAACUACGAGUUCUUAGACUAUUUGGGAAUCCUCUUGAGUUCCUUCCUGAAAUUCUACCGCUAAACAAUCUUCGCCAUUUGUCUCUGGCAAAUAUUAGGAUCGUGGCAGAUGAAAACCUAAGAUCAGUGAAUGUGCAAAUAGAGAUGGAAAACAGUUCUUACUUCGGCGCAUCUAGGCACAAGUUAAGUGCAUUUUUCUCUCUUAUAUUCCGCUUUUCUUCAUGUCAUCAUCCUUUGCUAGCAUCUGCACUAGCAAAGAUAAUGCAAGACCAAGGGAAUCGGACCUUUGUUGGUAAAGAUGAGAAUGCAGUGAGGCAGCUAAUAAGUAUGAUAAGCAGUGACAACCGACAUGUGGUGGAGCAAGCAUGUUGUGCUCUUUCAUCUCUUGCUGGAGAUGUCUCUGUGGCCAUGAAGUUGAUGAAAUGUGAUAUUAUGCAGCAUAUUGAAACAGCAUUAAGAUUCAUCACGGAAGAGGAAGUGAUAUCUGUUUUGCAAGUGGUUGUCAGUUUGGCUUUUGCCUCUGAUGUUGUAGCUCAGAAGAUGUUGACCAAGGAUGUUCUGAAAUCGCUAAAAUCACUAUGUGCUCGUAGAAAUCCAGAGGUGCAAAGGCUAGCUCUGUUGGCAGUUGGAAAUUUGGGCUUCUGUUUGGAUAACCGCAAAAUUCUUGUUACUUCUGAAAGCUUGAGAGAGCUUCUCUUGCGGUUAACCGUUGCCCCUGAACCACGUGUGAAUAAAGCUGCUGCCCGGGCUUUGGCAAUUCUUGGGGAGAAUGAAAAUCUACGACGUGCAAUAAGAGGGAGACAAGUCCCAAAGCAAGGAUUGCGUAUACUUGCAAUGGAUGGUGGAGGAAUGAAAGGCCUUGCUACUGUUCAGAUGCUUAAAGAGAUUGAAAAGGGUACUGGAAAGAGGAUACAUGAGUUGUUUGAUCUUAUAUGUGGCACAUCAACUGGCGGCAUGCUAGCAAUUGCCCUGAGUAUCAAGCAAAUGACCCUGGAUGAGUGCGAAGAAAUAUACAAAAAUCUUGGAAAACUUGUAUUUGCUGAACCUGGGCCAAAGGACAAUGAAGCUGCAAGUUGGAGAGAAAAGUUGGAUCAGCUUUACAAAAGUUCCUCCCAGAGUUUUAGGGUGGUUGUGCAUGGAUCUAAACAUAGUGCAGAUCAGUUUGAGAGUUUGUUGAAAGAAAUGUGUGCUGAUGAAGAUGGAGACCUAUUAAUAGAGUCUGCAGUUAAGAACAUUCCCAAAGUCUUUGUCGUUUCAACUUUGGUUAGCAUGAUGCCAGCUCAGCCUUUCUUAUUCCGCAAUUAUCAGUACCCUGUCGGAACACCAGAAGUAUCUCUUGCAAUUUCCGAAAGUUCUGGCGUCGGUACAUUAGGAUCACCUACUACUGGGGCACAAGUUGGCUAUAAACGCAGUGCUUUUAUUGGAAGUUGUAAGCAUCGAGUCUGGCAAGCCAUAAGGGCCUCAUCGGCCGCUCCAUAUUAUCUUGAUGAUUACUCGGAUGAUGUGCAUCGUUGGCAAGAUGGCGCGAUAGUGGCUAACAAUCCUACAGUUUUUGCCAUAAGAGAAGCACAGCUUCUUUGGCCAGACACAAGAAUCGAUUGUUUAGUUUCCAUUGGAUGUGGCUCUGUUCCUGCAAAGGUGAGGAAGGGUGGUUGGCGUUAUCUUGAUACUGGACAAGUUUUAAUAGAGAGUGCAUGUUCAGUGGAUCGCGUGGAGGAAGCUCUGAGCACGUUGCUUCCCAUGCUCCCUGAGAUGCAGUAUUUCCGGUUCAAUCCAGUUGACGAGCGUUAUGGUAUGGAGCUGGAUGAAACUGACCCUGCUGUAUGGCUUAAGUUGGAGGCUGCAACCAACGAAUACAUCCAAAACAAUUCGCAAGCUUUCAAAAAUGCUUGUGAAAGAUUGAUCAUGCCUUUCCAACUCGAUGAGAAGUGGUCAGAUAAUUUAAAGCCUCAACAUAUCUCAAAAACAAAGGCAUCUGAUUCAGCAACAGAAGUGCAUGGCCCUUCUUUGGGUUGGAGACGCAAUGUCCUUCUCAUUGAAGCUUUGCAUAGCCCAGAUUCAGGAAGAACUGUUCAUCACGUGCAUGCGCUUGAGUCGUUUUGUGCCCGCAGCAGUAUAAGGUUAUCUUUUUUUGACAAUUUAUCGGGAAGUUCCAGGGCAGUACCUUCAACCGCAUUGCCCACCCCCUUUACAUCGCCUCUAUUCACUGGAAGCUUUCCCUCAAGCCCUCUACUUUAUAGUCCUGAUAUUGGUCAUCAGAGGAUUGGCAGAAUUGACUUAGUCCCUCCUUUAAGCCUGGAUGGAUCCCACUUAGGAAAGAUAACUGCCUCACCGCCGAAGUCUCCUUCAAGACCCAGAGAACUGUCUCUACUCGCUCGCUCAUUACAUGGGAAGUUGCAGAAUUCACCGCAAGUGGGAAUCGUACAUUUGGCUCUCCAAAGCGAUUCCAAUGGUUUAAUUUUAAGUUGGCAAAAUGAUGUCUUUGUGGUGGCUGAACCUGGGGAACUGGCGGAUAAGUUUCUACAGAGUGUCAAAAUGAGUUUGUUGUCGACAAUGCGGGGUCUUCACAGGAAAGGAAUAUCACUGCUUGCCAACAUUUCGACAGUGGCUGACUUGGUUGCCUGUAGACGGCACUUCCAAAUUGGAUGUGUUGUCCACCAUUACAUCGGAUGUCAAAAACAAGUAAUGGAAGAUGAUCAAGAAAUCGGCGCAUACAUGUUUCGUAGAACAGUCCCUUGUACGCAUUUGACACCUGAUGAUGUCCGUUGGAUGGUUGGAGCUUGGAGGGACAGAAUCAUAAUUUGUACUGGCACAUAUGGGCCUAGUCCAACUCUUAUUAAGGCCUUUCUAGAUUCUGGUGCAAAAGCCGUUAUCUGCUCGUCAGCCAAACCUUCAGAAGCACAGGUGACAGCAUUCAAUGGACAAGGUGUGUUUGGCAACUUGGAAAAUGGGCGAUUCGAGAUUGGAGAAGAAGAAAUGGAAGAAGAAGAAGAGGAAGAGGAAGCGGAAGCAGAACCAGCCAGCCCAGUGAGUGAUUGGGAGGACAGCGACCCUGAGAAAAGCGCGGAUCUCAAGGGAUUCUGGGAUGAUGAUGAAACAGACUUGUCUCAGUUUGUUUGCCAAUUGUACGACUCCUUGUUCCGGGAAGGCACGAGUGUAGAUGGUGCUUUGCAAAAUGCUCUUGCCUCACAUAGAAAGUUGAGGUACUCCUGCCAUCUACCCAGCACAAAGUAGUCUAAAUGUUAAAAUUGUUGUAUCAUUCAGCCCAUGCUCAGCUGUUAGCCAUGUGUGAUUGAGACAUGAGGUUUACUGGAAAAAAAAAAGAAAAAGAAAAAAAAUAAGUGAGGGUAUAAAAAUAGCUGAAACGGCACAAAGAAAAAAGUAAAAUAAGUAUACUCAUGAUGACAGAGAAACUGAGGAAAAAAUUCAAAAUUUUGAGGCCUGUAGGAGAUUUCAUGCCUACUAGAUAGAUACCAGAGCAUUGGUGGAUGUGGAAUGUCGUAAAUUAUGUAACUUCUCGAGUAAACAUAUAUGCAAGUGCAGUUCAUCUUGUCUGUUCA